UUGUGUUCUGUGUGCGGGCUGCAGUUUUGGUGUGCGGUCGUGACAUAGAGAACUGAUCGUGCGGUUUACUGACGGACGGGACAGAUGCGCGACCUGUAGUGUCUGGAUAAUACUGUCGACAGGACCCCGGGAACACUGCGGAGAUGGGUUUCAGUGGAAGAUACUGUUUAUUGACAUUGUCAUUGUGCCUAGUGACUGAACAGGCAAUUGGUGUUAGAGUCAUGCCCAAAAGAAAGAAAGAAACGAUAGGCAGUCUCGAUGAUCAGUCCACAUCAGCGUCAUGGUGGCAAGCUGGAACAGCGACUCCAUUCCGUGACAGUUCAAAUGGUUUCGCAUCAACACAUGGAUUAGUCCAAACACAUCCAAGUGGAAAUGAUCCAUUCGCAGCGUUUGGUUCUAUAGCCAGCACAAUUGGGCCAUCACCAAACCCAUUUGUUCAAACAAGUGGUAAUGGUCCUUUAAGUGGAUCGUUUAGGAAUAAUCCAUUGCCACCUAUAGCUCGAAACGCGAAUGGAAAGCUAUCUUUGAAGCAUUUGGACUUCACCAGCAGUGCUACAGCUGAACUUCGAAGGAAUCCAGCGCUCUCUGCACCGGACGAAUGCGCUAGAGCCUGCAGAGAGAAUGAACCGCCCAGAAUUUGCUAUUACCAUUUCACAUUGGAGUUCUACACUGUUCUGGGAGCUGCCUGUCAAGUGUGCACACCAAACGCCACAAAUGUCGUGUGGUCACACUGUCAGUGUGUGUUGGCCGACGGAGUGGAGCGUGGUAUUCUGUCAGCCAACAGAAUGUUGCCCGGACCCUCCAUACAGGUGUGUGAGAACGACAAGGUGGUCAUCGAUGUGGAGAACCACAUGGAGGGGAUGGAGGUGACGUUACAUUGGCACGGGAUCACUCAGCGCGGCUCGCAGUACUACGACGGGGUGCCCUUCGUCACUCAGUGCCCCAUACAGCAGGGGAAUACAUUCAGAUACCAAUGGCAAGGGAACGCGGGAACACACUUCUGGCACGCCCACACGGGUCUUCAGAAAUUGGACGGUCUUUACGGAAGCAUUGUUGUCCGUCAACCACCAUCAAAAGACCCUAACAGUCAUUUAUACGAUUACGAUUUGACAACGCACGUAAUGCUGAUAAGUGACUGGCUUCACGAAGAUGCUGCCGAAAGGUACCCGGGCCGUCUGGCUGUGAACACGGGUCAGGACCCUGAAAAUGUGUUAAUAAACGGGAAAGGACAAUUCCGAGACCCUAAUACGGGAUUCAUGACCAACACUCCGCUAGAAGUAUUCACGAUUACUCCUGGAAGAAGAUACAGGUUCAGAAUGAUUAACGCAUUUGCGUCUGUCUGCCCAGCUCAGGUCACGUUCGAAGGACACAACCUGACAGUGAUUGCAACUGACGGAGAACCAGUUCAGCCUGUACAAGUUAAUACCAUUAUCUCGUUUUCAGGUGAACGAUAUGAUUUUGUGAUCGAAGCCAACAAUAUCCCUGGUGCGUACUGGAUUCAAGUACGUGGUCUUGGAGAAUGUGGCAUUAAAAGAGCUCAACAGCUCGGAAUAUUACGAUACGCUCGCGGCCCUUACCAGCCGUCCACUACUACUCCGACUUACGACGUUGGCAUACCGCAAGGAGUGGUAAUGAAUCCUUUGGACGCAAGAUGUAGUGAACCAAGGAACGACGCAAUUUGCGUCAGCCAACUCAAAAACGCUCAACACAUUGAUCCUGCCAUCUUACAAGACCGGCCUGAUGUUAAAAUAUUCUUGCCAUUCCGUUUCUACGUAUACAGACCAGAGAUGCUCUUCCAGCCGAACACGUACAACAGAUACUUAGUGGCGCCACAAGGAGAUCAUGUGAUCAGUUUAAUUGAUGAAAUCUCAUACAUGUCCCCUCCUGCCCCUCUCAUUAGCCAAUAUGACGACAUUAAUCCCAACCAGUUUUGUAAUGGCGAUAACAGGCCCGCUGAUUGUGGUCAAAACUGUAUGUGCACCCACAAGAUUGAUAUACCACUGAAUGCAGUUGUUGAGAUUGUCCUGGUCGACGAAGUGCAAAUUGUGAACCUAUCCCAUCCGUUCCACCUGCACGGGUAUUCAUACAACGUUGUCGGUAUUGGUCGUUCACCAGACACCAACGUUAAGAAGAUCAACCUGAAACACGCUCUCGAUCUUGACAGGAGAGGUCUGCUUGAGCGUCAUUUGAAACAAGGAGACCUGCCUCCCGCGAAGGAUACGAUCGCUGUCCCCAAUAACGGCUAUGUCAUUUUGAGAUUUAGAGCAACGAAUCCCGGAUUUUGGCUUCUUCACUGCCAUUUCCUCUUCCACAUCGUGAUAGGCAUGAACGUUGUUCUGCAAGUUGGUACACAGGGUGACCUACCACCGGUACCUCCAAACUUCCCCACCUGCGGGGAUCACCUUCCUCCAAUAACAACAAACUAAAUCGGUUCCUAAAAACAUUUUUCCUUUUUGUACGUGCAUCAAUGGUGGACCAGUUGAUUUUAAGUUAACUAAGUGUAGUAAAAUAAUUUUAUGUCUGUUUUGUGUGAUGUGUAACGGAUUCGAAGUGCUCGAGUCUGUUUUCUUUUUGUUAAUUUUAUAUUCGAAUGUUCAACUGGUGUUUGAUAGCAUGAGAUUAUUUAAAGGUGAUUCUUGUGAGAAUAUUUUGUACCGAUUCAUUUAGUUCAUAUUGCUGCUGUAUUAUUGAUGCGUCGCAUCGUGUUGAGUAUCUUUGUUAUUUCGAUAUUGUUUUUCCUAGUACCUAUUCGUUCUAUGUUUCAACUUGCCAUUUCGUAUUUUGAAAUUAUAAUAUUUAUAAAAAGGUGAAUAACAUACUAACCCAAGCAUUGUCGUGUGUAACAAUCCAGUCAUUUUCUAUAAUUAAUCUCAUUUUGUGCAUUAAAAUAACUUGAGUGAUAAUAAUUAAUUUAGCUUCUAAAGUACAACUUGUUGCAUUGUGUGUUUCAUUAUUAAGUCAAUUAGUUUCAAAUGGAGUUAGUCUUUAAAUGGAUGGAUGGUUUUAGCGCGUCGGUGUGAAUAAUACAUUAGAUUAAAUUUAAACAUAUUGUAUUAACAAUUCUAACACGCAUGCUACACGAGUACAGCACUUUAUUGUAAAUAUAUAUAUAAAUGAAUAGACAAUACUUGUAAAUACACGUACAUAAUAAAACACUUAGGAAAACAUGUGUAUACUUACAGAUUCCAAGACUGUAAGGCUGAGUCCACACAUUUCAAGUCAUAACAAUGCCACUAUUAAAUUUCAGUGUGUAGUAUUCCUUAUUAUAGAAAAUAAGAACCUAUUCGGUUAAAGUUACCAUAGCUGUUUAAAAUUCUGAUGACCGAUAGAAAGAAUAAUUAUUUCUUAAAACGUAUUAUUAAAACACUCGUAAGAGAGAGAGUAAAAAGAGUUGGUAUAUUUAUAACAAUUUAUUUUAAGAAAUUUGUAAAUUUUUGUACGAUUUAAUAAAAUUUAUAAAGUAAA